ACGAGCAAAAACAGGAAGCGCUGUUAUCGCUGUGAGCCGAGUUCAAGUUCCGAGUUCUUCCUUAAAAAUCCCGAAUUAAUGCCACGGCACCCUCGGAACCGAAUGUUGCUGAAAUGGAACGCACUUUUUUGAUCUUCGUUUUGACGGUGUUUUGCUUGACGCCACACAUAAGCUGCCAGGAAGCUGUGCUGCGCAUCUCAAAUGGAAGCUCUUAUCUCGAGUACUGUCUCCUCUACAACGGCUCCUUGACUCCGCUGCCGCCUACAGUUGAUGCUGCUGUGCAGAUUCUGCUGGUGAACCUGACGUCCAGUCUUCUGUGUGACCCGUCGGGGGUCAGCCCCGAGUUGGUGAAGGGAAAGGCGGUGGUGGUGAUGAGGGGGGUGUGUGAGUUCCAGCAGAAAGCUGUGGUGGCUCAGAGUGUGGGGGCAGCAGCUCUGCUCAUCGCCAGCAACACAACUCUGUUCACUCCCUCCUUCAACGAGUCAGAGUCUGAGAAGAUCCAGAUCCCUGUGGGACUCAUAAGGCAGCGGGAUUUUCUGGAGGCCAACCAGGUGUUCGGCGAGUCGAUGGAGGUGAGGCUGUACGCUCCGGUGCAGCCGCAGAUCGACCCCAGCAUCUUCGUCAUGCUGCUGAUCGCCGUCCUCACGGUGGCUUUGGGUAGUUACUGGAGUGGUGCCAGUGAGAGGGACCGCCUGAACGAGGGCCCGCCUCUGGGAGGAAGUGGAGACAGCAAAGCCGACAGCAGAGAGCUGUUCGUCUACUCUCCGCUCCGAGUGUUGAUGAUGGUCGCCGCCAUGUGUGGCAUGCUGCUGCUCAUGUACUUUUUCUACAACAUCCUCGUGUACUUCUUCAUCGCCAUAUUCGCGCUGGCGUCCGCCACAUCUCUCUUCAGCUGCUUCGAUGCAGUGCUGGAUCUGCUCCACUGCCCCAGAGGAAGCUUCUCCGUCCGGAGCAGGAGCUUCUCUGUGAGGUCCCUGAUCCUGGCUGCUGUGUGCGUCAGCAUCUCGGUGGUCUGGGUGGUCUACAGGAACGACGACAGGUGGGUGUGGAUCCUUCACGACCUCCUCGGCAUUGCCUUCUGUCUCAACUUCAUCAAGACCAUCUCGCUGUCUAAUUUCAAGGUCUGUGUGGUGCUCCUGAGCCUGCUGCUGGUGUACGACGUCUUCUUUGUUUUCAUCACUCCCUUCUUCACCAAGGACGGUGAGAGCAUCAUGGUGCAGGUGGCGCUCGGCCCAGGCGCUUCAGGAGAGAAGGCGCAAGGUAACACGGUGGAACUGCCUGCUGAACCCCCGGCGCCCUUGGAGAAACUGCCGGUGGUCAUGCGCGUCCCACGGUUCACCAGUUGGCCACUGCGCGCGUGCGGCAUGCAGUUCUCCAUCCUGGGCUACGGUGACAUCAUCGUUCCAGGUCUGCUGGUGGCCUACUGCAGCAGGUUCGAUGUUUGGAUCAACAGCAGGCGGAAGGUCUACUUUGUCAGCUGCUGCAUCGCUUACCUCCUGGGAAUGAUCGCCACCUUCGCCGCCAUGCUGCUGUCCGGCAUGGGCCAGCCCGCCCUCCUCUACCUGGUGCCUUUCACACUCAUCACCUCGGCUGUGGUGGCGGGGUGCAGGAAGGAGAUGAGGCACUUCUGGUCCGGAACCACCUACGAGGUCCUGGACUCACCAAGGGAGCCCUUGCUGCCAGAGUGAUCUGACGGACCCGUAGGAGCACAUGCUGACUAGAUGCAGAACCUCAAUGCAACUCCUGGAUCUCCCUGUUUUUAAAAAGGCAUUUUCAGUGCAGCCUGAUGUUUGGAAUCAAAAACAUAGCUUGAUUUUAUGAUGGGGUUUGAGGUGAAGGUUGAGAAUUACAUUUUGUAGGUGCCUGGAAACUGUCUGGACUUGAUCUUUCACACUCAUGCCUUCGGUGAUGCCACGGAUGGAUGGAUCGGACCUUAAUCAUCACGUGCAUCAGUUUGGAAUGGGAGGAGGCGGGGGAGUAUCCCAUUGGUGCACUGUGUUUUGGUACUUUUUUGAUAUCUGUUUUGUGCUAGAUGUUUGUGUAAAGUAAUUUUAUUGAUUCUAAUAAAGUUCACUUGGAA